UGGAGCAGCAGUGAGUCCAGGGCGAGCAGCAUUGUGGCGAGCUUAUCAGAAGGUCAAAGGGCAAAACUUAGAACAAAAAGUCGGAACCGAGUGAUUCAUUUUCCCCUGAGUGUGUGUAGGAGCGAAACAUGCUCCGCCUGCACCGUGGAAAAACUUUGACGCGGCAUGGCACCGCAAGAGGACCGGGUGAGCGCCUGGAGUUGGAAGCAGGUGGCCGAGUGGCUGGAGGGAGAAGGCUUCGGGAAGUAUGUGGAGUUACUCUGCGUGCAGCACCGCCUGGACGGCCCCAGUCUGCUGGCUCUGACUGAGGCCGACUUGCGGUGCCCCCCUCUGGGACUCACCGUGCUGGGAGACAUCAAAAGGCUAACCAUAGCCCUGCGCCGGCUCCAGAGACAAAACCAAGCCCAGCUGGAGGAGCUGGGCCUGCAGCCUUCAGACGUUCUUCCUGCUGGGCUCCCGCUGGGCGCCGCGGGGGCCGAGUGGAGCUGUGACGAAGCUGACAGGAGGUUUAAUGGAGGUGAUCGCUUGUGUAAUGGGACUGAACUGCGGCAGAGGAAUGGCAGCAGACCUGGAUACGGUUCAGGACUGGCUCUGUGUCACACACACUCCAACGGGAGGUGUAGACAGCAGCUAGCCGGCAGAUUGGACCCGGAGCUGUGGAAGACGGUCAUCAGUUGCAUAUAUGUGUUUUGUGUGUUUGGAUUCACAUCUUUUGUCAUGGUCAUCGUACACGAGCGAGUCCCCGACAUGAGGACGUACCCACCCCUGCCUGACAUAUUCCUGGACAGCGUGCCCAGAAUCCCUUGGGCUUUUGCAAUGGCCGAAGCCUGUGGCGUCAUCUUGUGUUACAUGUUGCUGCUCAUCCUGCUCCUUCACAAACACAGGUCCAUUCUCUUCAGACGGCUGUGCUCUCUGAUGGGAACUGUGUUCCUGCUCCGCUGCUGCACCAUGUUCGUCACCUCGCUGUCGGUGCCUGGGCAGCACCUGAAAUGUGCCAGCAAGACAUAUGAUUCCUGGGGAAAGAUACAGAGGGCCCUGGCGAUCUGGAGUGGAUUUGGGAUGACCCUGACGGGCGUCCAAACCUGCGGAGACUACAUGUUCAGUGGGCACACUGUUGUCAUAACAUUGCUCAACUUUUUUGUGACUGAAUACACGCCACGAACUUGGAACCUCAUCCACACCAUCUCCUGGGUGUUGAACCUGUUUGGGAUUUUCUUCAUCCUAGCAGCUCACGAGCACUACUCCAUCGACGUCUUCAUCGCCUUCUACAUCACCACUCGCCUCUUCCUCUACUACCACACCUUAGCCAACACGCGCGCCUACCAGCACAGCCGCAGGGCGCGCAUUUGGUUCCCCAUGUUCUCCUUCUUUGAGUGCAACGUGAACGGACCCGUCCCCAACCAGUACAACUGGCCCUUCAGCAAACCUGCCUUCAUGAAAACUCUGAUCGGAUGAAGAAUUUUCAUCGAGAUCAGCGUCUGCAACGUCCGUGGACUACGUAUUGAUGCCUCAAUGAGAAACCGUUUUAAUUUAUUGUGCGCAAGUUUCCUUCUCUCAUUUGUGAAAAUGAAUGAUCUUUGUCUUGUUCGUCUCUAAUGUUUAAAGGAAAGAAUUGAGAAAUAUGUUUCCUCCUAUGCAGUUACAUGAGAAGUAUAGCCUCUGUAUGCUAAAUUUGUAGCUACAGGCAGCAGCGGGAUAGCCUGGUUUAGCACAAAGACUGGAAACAGGGAGAUACAGUGCAGCUGGUCUGGCUCUGUUUGGAUGUACACAACCUGUAACCUCAAGAACAUUUUAUUAAUUUGCACAGAAACUUAGGUGACGACAACAACACUGCAGUGCGCCUCUCAAAACUACCUUUGCUCUUAACGUACUAUAUUUAAACUUGAGUUUUUGUGUGUAUCAAAUACAACAGCACAACAGUUUUAGGGUAGCUGAUAAAUGGAUAGUUUCUUUUUCUUAUUUUUUUUUAGCUUUGGAUAGAAACCAGCUAGAUAGGUCUUAGUGCUCAUGUAAGCUAACCUGCUUUUAGCCGUUCAUUCAUAUUUAGCAGGUUCCCGUGGAAUCAGAAAUCCAUUAAUUGUAUUUCUCUUAACAGUUCCUUUAAACUUAAUUGCACUCUAGCAUCUUUCUUUCUUGGAGAUUUAUUUAGCUUUAUCUGAAUCACUUUAUCAUUCUUGGCUUCCACUUAUGGGAUGUUUACGGAUCACUGGAGGUUUGGGUUGCUAGCUUCACUUAAUAUUUACAGUGCAGCAAAGAGCUGAUCAGGUUUCACGCGGCUCUGAGUCGCGCAGUGAUUGUUUUUUUUUUUUUUUGUGGAAAGAUUAUACACUUGUUUGCUUGCUGCUGAUCUGAAAGAGAAAAACAACACUUCCCCCUAUCUACGGAAAAAACUCAGUUUCAUUCUCUUAAAGAAAAAGAUAAUAAUUUCCUUCACUUGCACUAAUUCACAUUCGGGGUGGUAUACAGCUUCUGAACUAAACCAAAUAUUUAAAUGUUUAUUGCAAUGUUUAAUUUUGCCAAUGAUUUUUUUUUUUUUAAAGAAUGUAAAUUAUUUAAUCAAUAUAGAAAUAUAUUGAAUUGUCCUGUUUUGCAUUUUACAAAAAAAUAACGUUCUAUUAUGACAGCCGUCGGGUAACCACUUUUCCAGAGUAUUGUUUACUAUAGCAUGGCUGAUCUAAACUUUAUAUUUUGAUGCGUGGCCUUAUUUCGCCGCAAGUAAUCUAUGUCUGCCUUUUGGCUAAGGAAUAAAAGUUUACAGAUGAGGAAAACUCUG